UUUGAUUGUAUUUAUGGAUCAUAAAAAUAUAAAAACCUCUCCAUAAUUUUUUUAAUAUUUCAUUAACCUAUUGUUUUUAAAAAAAUUUAAAGAGUAAAUUAAGAUAUGGAUGAUAUGCGCAUUAUUAUUGUUCAAACUAUGAGGAGGUGAAAUAUCUCGAGUCUUUAUUAUGGGUUAGCUUCCAAAUGCAUCCAACGUCACAUUGAUCAGUCGGACACGACUCCCCAUUCCUUCAAUUAAUAAAUAUACCCUACAAUCCCAUCUCCCUAUACUCCAUUUUCACAAGCUCUUGCAGCAGAAAGAGGCUCACAGAGAUUUGAGGAAUUGAGAAAGAAGAGCAAUGGGUAGGACUCCCAAGGGAAGAACAGUGAUGGAGGUUGGAGCUGAUGGGGUUGCUCUCAUCACCCUUAUCAACCCUCCUGUCAAUUCCCUCUCUUUUGAUGUGCUAAACAGCUUAAAAGAGAGUUAUGAGGAAGCCUUACGUAGAGAUGAUGUUAAGGCAAUUGUUAUUACAGGUGCAAAAGGAAAGUUUUCUGGUGGUUUUGAUAUCACAGCUUUUGGUGGAAUCCAAGCUGGAGGUGAAGUUUCAAAGCCUGGUUUUGUAUCAGUAGAAAUUCUCACCGACACUGUAGAAGCUGCAAGGAAACCUUCAGUUGCUGCUAUUGAUGGCCUUGCCUUGGGUGGAGGAUUAGAGGUUGCAAUGGGCUGCCAUGCACGAAUAUCUACUCCUAAUGCUCAACUAGGCCUUCCUGAACUUCAGCUUGGAAUAAUUCCAGGAUUUGGAGGAACCCAGCGACUUCCACGCCUUGUUGGCCUCUCAAAAGCCCUUGAAAUGAUGUUGAUGUCAAAGCCAGUUAAAGGAGUGGACGCUCAUAGUUUGGGCCUUGUGGAUGCUGUAGUUGCUCCAGAUCAGUUAGUAAAGACUGCUCGCCAAUGGGCCCUAGAUAUUUUAGAGUGUAGAAGACCAUGGGUUCAUAGUCUUUACAAGACCGACAAGUUGGAGCCCCUAGGGGAAGCAAGGGAGAUACUCAAGUUUGCAAGAACUCAGGCACAGAAACAGGCUCCGAAUUUGAAGCACCCAUUACUUUGCAUUGAUGUUAUUGAAGCGGGUAUAGUUUCUGGUCCUGUUGCUGGACUUUGGAAGGAGGCUGAGGCUUUUCAAGAACUUCUACACUCUGACAUUUGCAAGUCCUUGGUCCACAUCUUCUUCGCUCAACGAGGAACCUCAAAGGUUCCUGGGAUCGCUGAUCUGGGUUUGGUACCAAGACGAAUAAACAAAGUUGCUAUUCUUGGUGGAGGAUUGAUGGGAUCUGGAAUUGCAACAGCAUUGAUGCUUAGUAAUUAUCCUGUGAUCCUGAAGGAAGUAAAUGAAAAGUUCUUACAGGCUGGGAUUGGUAGAGUCCGAGCUAAUUUGCAAAGCCGUGUCAAGAAAGGGGCAAUGACUCAAGAGAAAUUCGAAAAAACCUUCUCUCUUCUCAAGGGUGUCCUUGAUUACGAGAGCUUUAAAGAUGUAGACAUGGUCAUAGAGGCGGUCAUUGAGAAUGUCUCUCUAAAGCAACAAAUUUUUGCGGAUCUUGAAAAAUUUUGCCCACCACAUUGCAUUCUUGCAAGUAACACUUCGACAAUUGACUUAAACCUGAUUGGUGAAAAGACCAGGUCCCAUGACCGGAUUGUUGGAGCCCAUUUCUUUAGUCCUGCUCAUGUGAUGCCACUGUUGGAAAUUGUUCGCACUCAGAGAACAUCUCCCCAAGUAAUUGUUGAUUUACUAGAUAUCGGAAAGAAGAUAAAGAAAACCCCUGUUGUGGUUGGCAAUUGCACCGGUUUUGCUGUCAACAGGAUGUUUUCUCCUUACACACAGGCUGCUCUUUUGCUCGUUGAACAUGGUGCAGAUGUCUAUCAGAUUGAUAGGGCAAUUACCAAAUUUGGAAUGCCAAUGGGCCCAUUCAGAUUGGUUGACUUAGUUGGUUUUGGUGUGGCAAUUGCAACUGGCGGACAGUUUGUUCAGAAUUUUCCUGAGCGAACCUAUAAAUCAAUGCUAAUCCCAAUCAUGCAAGAGGAUAAGAGAGCAGGUGAAACUACUCGCAAAGGGUUCUAUGUAUAUGAUGAUAAACGUAAAGCAAGCCCAGAUCCUGAACUGAAGAAGUAUGUUGAAAAGGCAAGGGGCAUUUCUGGUGUUGCCAUUGACCCUAAGCUAAUGAAAUUAUCUGAUAAAGACAUUGUGGAGAUGAUAUUCUUCCCUGUGGUGAAUGAGGCAUGCCGAGUCUAUGCUGAGGGUAUUGCAGUCAAAGCAGCAGACCUUGACAUUGCUGGUGUUAUGGGCAUGGGUUUCCCUCCUUACAGGGGAGGAAUCAUGUUCUGGGCCGAUUCUCUUGGAUCCAAGUACAUCUAUUCAAGGUUGGAGGCAUGGUCAAAUCUGUAUGGUGGCUUCUUCAAGCCUUGUGCAUACUUGGCCGAAAGAGCUGCCAAGGGAGCUCCUCUGGUGAGAAAUCUGAAACUGGUGUUUGUGCAUCAUAUAAACACGUGAUCUAUGAAAAAUAGGUGAUACAUCAUAAGACCUGAUGCAUCAUAAGUCCCAGAUUACCAAAAGCAUCAUCAUCCCUGUGGCAUCAUUCAUGCCUGUGGAACGUAUUUUCCAAAACAGUUUUUGAGAAUUGUUUUUGAAAAUAAUUGUUUUUUUGAUCUUUUGUAGAAUAAAAAUCUAUUUGAGGACUUGAAAUGUUUUUAACACCUUCAUUAUGUUUUUAAAUAUGUUUUAUUUUUAAUCAUUUGUGAUAUUUGUAUAAUUAUUUGUUAAAACAGUAAAAAAAAACAAAGUGAAAAGGACUAAAAGCAAAUACCCUUUUUUUUUUAGUUUGAUUGUCAAAAUAUAUUUUUCUCUGUUUCUGUUCUGAAAAUUAAAAAAACUGUUUUCGAUCCGAGCUAGUGUUUGAUGUAAAUUCAUCAUGUUUCUGGCACCUUACUUAAAAAGGUUCUGCAUGACACAUCCAUAAAGGUGACUGUUGAAUGCCAAUGUAUGGAUCCUGACCCCAAGGGUAGAUCAGUGCAUUAGCUGUAGCUUGCUUGAUCCCUAUGACUGAUGCCUUGCUAUAAUUGCUUCUCUAAUAAUGUUUUGGCCUGCUCCUUGCAGAGUUCCCCACUGGAGCGAGCAAAACCUCGACUGUAAGAUGAAUUUGCACCCACUUGUUUCUUCUUCCCUGGUGUUAGAAAAAAGCUGGAUUUGAGCUAAAUAAUGUACUUGGAUGGAGAGUUGAUUAAGGCAGGAUGAUUAUUAACAAGUGAGAACUCAGGAAAUAAUAAUUAAUAAUAUCUUCUUAAACGAAGUUGGUUA